AAGCCUCAGUCCCCCUGCCGCCCCUCCUCACUCGCCAGCAUGACGCUCCCUCCAUACUUUCACAUUCUUUCCCUCCUCUCUCUCUAACUUUGCUCCACCAAACUUCUCUAAAAACACAACCACGUUUCUCACUGACGGAGGUGAAGAAGAAGAAGAAGAAGAAGAAGGAGAAGAAGAAGAAGAAAUGAGGACGGGGAGCAGGGUUAGCAGAGAGCGCCGCUUCUGACAGCUGAGCUCCUUUGGUGAUGCCACAGACUCCCCCUCUGAUGAGACGAUGAGAACCUACACUCGUGGGGCACCCACAGUCUUCUUCAUAAGUCUCCUGUGGCUCCUACUCGUCCCGGCGGAGGUGGAGGCAGUGGCGGCGACGGAAGGGGACCCCAGCGUGGAAAUCCCCUUCAUGGGAGGCAACUAUGACGGACACCCCAUGCUGUACUUCAGUCGUGGGGACGUAGAGGAGCUGCAGUAUGCGGCCACGGGGACACACCGGGAUAUGGCGAGGAGGAUCCGCGAGGCCGGGGAAACCAUGCUGGAGCACCCAGAGGAGUACCUGCCCCCCUGGAGUCCUGCAGACUUCAGCGCCCGCUGGAACGAGGUGUAUGGAAACAACCUGGGAGUGCUGUCCAUGUUCUGUCUGCUUUACCCACACAGGGCUGGAGCCCUCGACCUGGCCAAGGACUACAUGGAGAGGAUGGCGGCUCAGCCUAGUUGGCUGGUCAAAGACGCUCCCUGGGAUGAGGUUCCGUUGGCGCACUCUCUGGUCGGCUUUGCCACCGCCUACGACUUCCUGUACGAGUACUUGAACAAGGGUCAGCAGGAGCGCUUCCUGCAGGUGAUCGGCAACGCUUCGCGCCUCAUGUACGAGAAGUCGUACGUGCGAGGUUGGGGGUUCCAGUACCUGCACAACCACCAGCCCACCAACUGUGUGGCUCUGCUCACAGGAAGCCUGGUGUACAUGACACAAGGUUACCUUCAGGAGGCCUACCUGUGGACUAAGCAGGUGUUGUCAAUCAUGGAGAAGUCCAUGGUCCUCCUGCAGGAUGUGACGGACGGCUCCCUGUAUGAGGGCGUGGCCUACGGGACUUACACCACCCGCUCUCUGUUCCAGUACAUGUUCCUGGUGCAGCGCCACUUUGCCAUCAGCCACUUCGAUCACCCCUGGCUCCUCAAACACUUUGCCUUCCUCUACAGGACAAUCCUGCCUGGAUUCCAGCGGACCGUAGCCAUUGCAGAUUCCAACUACAACUGGUUCUACGGGCCAGAGAGCCAGCUGGUUUUCUUGGACCGCUACGUGUUGCGGAAUGGCAGUGGAAACUGGCUGGCAGAUGUGAUUCAUCAAAACAGGGUGAUGGAAGGGCCAGGGCAGGCUGGGAAAGGCCAACGCUGGUGUACUCUCCACACAGAAUUCAUCUGGUAUGACCCGAGCCUGAUCGCCAAGGCCCCAUCUGAUUAUGGAACAUCCCGACUCCACCACUUUGAGGACUGGGGUGUGGUCACGUACGGCAGUGCUUUACCCGCAGACACCAAUCACACCUUUGUCUCCUUCAAGUCCGGGAAGCUGGGAGGACGUGCCAUCUUUGACAUCGUCCACAGGAGCAAGUACAAAGAGUGGAUCAAAGGGUGGAGGAACUUCAACGCUGGCCACGAGCACCCAGAUCAGAACUCUUUCACUUUUGUGCCUAAUGGCUUCCCAUUCAUCACCGAGGCACUCUAUGGACCCAAGUAUACUUUGUUGAACAAUGCAGUCUUAUUUGGCUCGGAAGUCUCAGGGAGUUGCUUUAAGCCGUGGGCCGGACAGGUGACGGAGGCAUGUGACUCCAAGUGGUUGAAGUACAAGGUGGGGCUGGCAGCCGAUGCCCAAGGCAGAGUAGAGGCCGCCAUGGAAAGACAGGGAAUGGUCUUUAUCCGAGGCGAGGCGCAUUCUGCUUACAAUCCAGAGCUGAAGAUCAGGAACUUUCAGAGGAACCUGCUCCUUCUUCACCCACAGCUCCUGCUUCUGGUGGAUCACAUCCACCUGGAGCCUGACAGCCCAACCAGGGCCAUGAGCGCCUUCUUUCACAACACAGAGGUGCCAUUCCAGAGCACAAAGAUAGAUGGCGUUCACGGAGCAUUUGUGUCACAUGGUGAGGACAAGUAUAAGAUGUUCUGGAUGGAUGACACUGGCUUCAGUAACAAAGGAGUUACAGGUUACUGGAAUUACCCGCGAGGGUACCCAUAUAACGGCUCUAACUAUGUGAACAUCACAAUGCCGUUGAGAUAUCCUCAUACAAGGGUGGCCUACAUUUUUUAUGGACCAGGGGUGGACGUUCAGAGCUUCAGCCUGCGUGGUGACAAUCAGAGAGUGGAUAUUUACCUUGCUACCAAGGAUCACACUUACACCAUCUACCUGCUGACAGGCGAGGUCACGAGUAAGCCUCUGUUUGCCAUGGUACUGCUGGACCACAAGAAGAUUGUAUUUGAGAAGGAGGCCGCUGCUGUGGACAGCUCGCCAGAGGAAGUGGAGGAGUACGUCAACGUCAUGGAGGACAACCUCCAGCAUGUCAAGCCUGUCUUCCAGCAGAUGGAGAGACACAUCCUGGGAAGGGUCCUCAACACUGCCAGCUUCAGAAAGACUGCCGAGCGCCUGCUCCAGUUCUCUGACAAAAGGAAGACCGAGGAGGUCAUUGAGAAGAUGUUCGCUAUGUCCAAGAAGCAGGGCAAGGGUAAAGGGGGGAAGAAAGUGAGCAUUGGAGACAAACUUUCUGAGAGUCUGCCUGACAUUUUUGCACAGAUUGAAAUCAAUGAGAAGAAGGAGAGACAGAAGACAUCGAAGCGUAUUUAUGAGGACAGUCCAGACGAGGGCGACGCAGAGUCACGGGCCUUCAUAGAUUACACAGACAGUCGCAAGAACAGAAGAGGCGGCUUUGUCAAAGGCCGUAAAUUCAAAGAGGUCCACAUGGUGGCCACGGCGGGGAGCGAGAGUCUCCUCAGCACAGCCUCCUACAUCAGACUCUUCCUCCUGCUCAACACUGCUACCUUCUUCUUCCUGCUGGCUGUGUUACUGACGCGCUUUCAGAAAGGGCGGAGCUUGCACACACAGCGGUGUUUCUACACCAUCCUUCUGAUUGACUGCUUCAUCUUACUGUACCUCUACUCUUCCUGCUCUCACACACAGUGCUAACAUCAUGAUCCAGACUGCUGCGUUUUUCUUACCAUUGCAUAAGCUCAGCAUUUUAGUCUGGACAAGCAGAAAUGGAGACAUGUGGAUACAAUGAUGUUAACAAAUAGUGCUGUUGUGUCCUCAUUACUAGCCGGACUAACAUCAGACUGUAUCUGAAUCUCAUUUGAGAUUGAGUAUGAGUCGGGAAAGGGAGGAAACACCUUCCACGUCGUCGUGAGCAACAGACAUAAUCCCUCUGUAUGCAACUGGAUGGACCUACAACCAAUCAGACCAAUGAUCCGGAUGCAGAGCGGCAGAAAGCGCGUCAACGUGCUUGUUGUAGUUUCCUCGAAGCAAUGGCUAUCUUGUGAUGGCGUCUAACGGCUUCUGCCCAGGGGAGCUCCGUGGAGCAAGUCGCUUUCGAGAGACACGUGUACAAAAGCUGCUAGACAGCAAUUCUCUGUCAUAGUCGUGUUAAGCCUGCCUCUAGGAUGUCAGGGGGAAAGAAGCGAUUCUGUAGUUGGCCAAAACGGCGUCCUCGCCAGACAUGUCUGCAGAGCAAAAUCAAAUCCCUGCCAGACUCGGCGGGACUCACCCAGGCUACCUCAUGGCACCAAAUCAACAUUUUAUUGCCUUAACCGUGUACAGUAUAUGUUGCUUGAAUGAUUGCCUACACACCUGAAUAUGAAAAGAGCCGAUUUUCCAAUAUUCCGAUUUCAGAAAGGUGCUACGCCCUGGAGUUGACUUAAAGACUUUUGCCGACUCACCCUGCCCAAACUCGUACUAUAUCAUUUAGAUGCUUCAACUCCAUUGCGGAGACAAGUCUGCAUUUCUCCGGUCUCGUCCUGCUCACAACUCCCCGGCAUUGCAACUUGACCUCGCUUAAAAAAAGUCCUCAUCAUUAUCCUCUUCCUGAGAAAUAUCACUGAACUUCCUCUCCAGAGAGUAGACGUCGUCCAGCAACAAAGGUCUUUGGUUUGAAUCCUCAAAACAUGUGCUCGGUCAGGCUAAUGCUCCUGACUGACCUUCAAUCUGGAGUUUGUCCCCUUUUAUGACGUUUCCUAGUUGAAGAUGGGUAAAAUGUUAAGGACAAAUUUCCCCAUGGGGAUUAACAAAGUAACAAUUUUUACGCUGUGUCAAAGCUGGAAUUCCGAUUCAUUGCUAUUGGCUACUCCAAAGGCCAGUCAAAGUGGAGCUUCCCUUGCAGCUCAUUUCCACUGAAAAGUCUCUGCUCUUACGGCUCCUUCUCUUUGAAUGGGACAAUGCAGCCAAUCAGAUCAUGUGAUGCAGAUAUUCCAACACAAGCACUAGCCAAUCGACUCAAAAAUCUAAAUACUACACCAUCCAAACCCAGUUUUAACUAUCUGUGCAUUUUA